AGUGCGUGGCUUAUGACACAUGGUGCGCAACCUGGAGGGCCACUGGGGGCUCGCAGAGAUGCACAGGAGAAUCCCCAUCUAUGCCACGCAUUUUUAUCCUAAUUUCCCUUCAGGUGGCGCGUCAGGUAUCGAAAGCCGUGCACUCUGCCAUUUACAUUUCUUUACGUCCUAAUAAUACAAACGUUUCUCGUGCUACACUUUGUGUCGCUUGCAGACAACAGGUUGGCAUUAUUUAUAGCACUAGCUAGAGGGUGCCAAUGACACGCCCUCAUGAGUGAAAAAACACACAUGGGAAAAGACGUACUAGAGGGUCCCUAGCGCGCCAGUAUUGGAAGUUCUUUCAGGCGUCACAUUGGCGGGGCCUUUCUUUGCAAAGUAUGAACAAAGCGCACUUCCAAAAUGACGGAUACUGAAACGACGGCAUACCAAAUUUGACCGUGCACUUGCCAAAUUGUUUACACCAGAUUGUAUGCUAUACGGUGCCGAUAUGCCAGGGGAUCAGUGGCUGGUCGCUGCAGCUCGGAACACACGGAGUGAUAGCUCACGCUGCAAAACCGAGAAACCCCAGGUCCAAUCCCCAUCUUUCAACCUGGAUGGCCACCAUACCGGCGUGCAACCGUGUAUCACUGCCGGGCAGUGCACAUCAAAACCUCUGAGGCUAGCAGGAUACUACUGCACUGGUAAUAUUCCUCAUCUACAGCAAGCGAAACAAUGUCUGCAACAUCUCUGGCAGACUACCUCGCGCUGUAUACGCGUCUGACUUAGUUGGGUCUAACAGGUCCAGCUCCCCCGUCGUUUUAUUGCUUACGAGAGCAGCCUGUGUCACGAAGGAGUUUCUUCCUGAACUUCAUCGGUGGCAAGACCAUAAAUGAAGAGGCACAUUGUAAUAUGGGACUUCAGGGUAGUCUCAACGCUGUCAAGAGCCCGGCCGGUUUCGGAGGUAGCAGAACCGCAGGGCCAGUUGUACUACUUUGUGCAGGAGAAAGCUUUAGUCAAGAAGUGAUUGGUAAUGAUCGGUUGUCCUCGCCGGUUGCACAUGAGCUUCCUGCCGAAGGCUGACGCAAUGCUCGUCUCAAACCUGUGUCAGGCGCUGGCCUCUGGCAGUCAACAAAGAACAUUUAGCACUAUGAUUGUGCUAUUGAGAAGAGGCUGUAACAAUGGACAUCUAAAAGAUAUUGUAAAUUGGCAUGUGAACUGACAAAGGGAUCUCAGGCUUCACAGAAAGACCUGUUUGUUUGUUUUUGUAAAUUAGUGGCUGCUUCUUUCAAACUAUGUGAGCACUUUUUAAGGGGCAAUGCAAUAAUUUUAUCUUUUAAAGAAUUCACAGUUUCAAAGGGAUGGCAAAACCGCCUCAUCCUCAUGAAAUGCCUCGAUUCCGUCGCAUAAUAGCGAAGCCAAAAGUGAAAACAUUACGCAAUUUGCAGCUGCGGUUGGCGGCCAUGGUAACUGAGGCGCAGCACCAACCUGGGUGUAUCGUAAUAAGUUGGCAGGAUGUGCCAUUAAUUGCUCAAUCUAAGGCUGUCUUCAAUAGAUACUGUAGUUUCAAUGUGAGUAAGUGUGUCGAAGGCCUCAUAUUCUCAACAAAAUUGUGCUAUAAUCAGUUUUAGUUGCGCCAUCUGCCCGAGGUGAACAAAACGACUCCUCUCUCAAGUCUUGCCCCCUCGCUACCUCGUCAGUCCGACUUUCUUACAAGAAGGCAAGUGCUUUCCCCUGUCCUCUCCCUCUUUUCUCCCCUCUCCCCCUUUCCACGUCCCUCAGACUGACCCUCAAACCUUCAAGGUGGCCAUAUGAAUCUUGAGCGGAGGCAGCAUGCACUGGAGGCUCUGAAAGAGAACCCAUCCAGAUGCUAUGUUGUCCCCAGUGCACCCGGGAACACAUCACUGUGCACAUGACUCAAAAGACAGUGUAAGAGCUGAGAGUGUCUUUUCAAAUUAUUGCACGCAUGCAAAAUUGGUUUUAAGUUCUUUACACCAGACAGGACACGGUACAACUCCCCCAAUUAAGUCCAAAAAUGUAUUGUGUGGCCCCUUUAAUUUGCCUCCGGGGCAGUUUGUGGCAGGCCUGUUGAGAUAUGAAGUUUAGAAUUUUAUGCAGGAGAAGGUGGAAAUGCCGCAGGAGGAAGAGGGGGAGCGUGCGGCCACCUCCCGUCGUCGUCACUUGGCGGCGGAGCCGCCACUUCUUGUUUGGUUUGGUUCCGUUUGUUACCCCGGGGGUUAACAUGUGAGCUGGUUGGCCAGGGCAGCGAUGAAUGGCGCAAGAACAACGAAAGAGUCCGCCAAGGCAGCGUUCAACGAUGAGUGGGAGACCACCAACUGCGGAGACAGGAGGAACAUUGUCCCUUUACAGAAAGCUGUGUCGGGUUGGCAGCGGUGGAGGGGGAUGCACAGAGGAGGAAAGACAAACACCAGUGCCAUUCCUGCCGCCAUUCCAACCACCACAGAAGAAGGCUUCCCAGGUUGGGUCGAGGAAAACUCUGGUGACAAAACAGCAAACAGCCAGGGUGACCAACAACGGGACAAAUACCAGUGCCGCUUCUACCCUUACUCCAGCUAUAACACAUCUGUUGCCCUUCACAAAACAACGCACAUAGGCAGCAAGUUCUUCAGCUGCCACGUGUGCCAGAGAGCAUUCACAAAGAAGUCUUCCUUGCAAAAUCACGAAAGGAUUCACACGGGUGAAAAGCCCUUCAGGUGCCAGUUCUGCCAAAAAACAUUCACGGAGAAGGGAACCUUGACAUCUCACGAGAGGGUUCACACGGGGGAAAGACCGCUCAAGUGCAGCAUCUGCGGAGCUGCGUUUGCGUGGAGAUCUGGCUUAAUUAAUCACAAGCGGCUUCACAGAGGUCAAGACACACCGGUGCGUGACUUGUGGGAGGGUGUUCUCGGGGAGCAACCAUUUCAAUAACCACUAAAAGAGGAGCCGCAUGUGAGGCCAUAUGAUGUGUUUGACGAAGGUAUGGACAGAAGUUUUGUUUAAAUAUCCACCGUUUGUUCUGUGCCUACCGACUGACUGUGGCCGCAGUGUUUGUGAAAGGUAGCUGCAUCGUUGGGUUACAUGUUUGCAGCAUUGCAGAUACUACAAUGUUAUUUUACGAUGGGAAAAAUUUCCUGUUCUGUUUCUGCCUAAUGUGACUGUUAAAAACCCAGCAAUAAUUUUCCUUAUCAUUUUUAUACAUUGUUCAGUUGUUGCAUUCGGAGCCUCGGUACUGUCAUAACUUCUCAACGCAAAUGAGCAGGACGGCUUCUAAUGCCGGGAGAUUUAUUUGGGGAAUAUGUUUCAGUUUCACUUAUACAACUGAGAUGACCUUCUGCUGUCAUUGGAUCAGGAUCAUAGGGCUUUGUUGAAGAUAAAAAGAAACCUUUAUUUUGAUCGAUAGAGCUUGACCCCACAUGGUUGGCAUUCCUACAACUUUCUUGAUUUCAGCAGUUGCAAAUAUUGCCUCUCGCUCGUACAUUGGUUCAUUAUAGAACAGUUUGUACAGUUUAUGUGUUUGUUUAAUUUAGUUUUAUUUAAGUUAUUGUAUAGAAUAAAACUUUUUGCAUGUGUUCUAAUCAUGUAGAGAGACACACCGGAAGGGUUCAAGUUUUGCUAAUGACCUUUUAGCCCUCAAGAUGAAACUUGGAGGAACUGUCUUUCUUUGCCUUUUCACAUUGUGUUAGUUACGCAUGUCUCAUGCUAAGGCUGAGAAAUUCUGUUCAGUGUGGCCAGUUUGUCUAGCCAAAGAUACUGCAGGAGGGGAACACACAAUAAACAUUUCUUCCAACACA